AUGUCUGACACUGGGUACACCUUGAUCUACGAGCCCAAUACUGCGGCCAAAACGUCGGUGUCUGAAUUCAAGUCUCUUUUGGAAAAAAGCAAAGAUGACGUCAAGAUCUUGACCAUGAAGCGCAUCAUCGUGACGGUGCUCAACGGCGACGCCAUGCCCGACUUGUUGAUGCACAUUAUUCGUUUUGUCAUGCCUUCAAGAAACAAGGAGUUGAAAAAGUUGUUGUACUUUUACUGGGAGGUGUGUCCCAAGUUGGACGAGCACGGCAAAAUGCGCCACGAGAUGAUUCUCGUGUGCAAUGCCAUCCAGCAUGACUUGCAGCACCCGAACGAGUACAUUCGAGGCAACACGUUGCGGUUUUUGUGUAAGUUGAAAGAACCAGAGUUGUUGGAGACCUUGGUGCCCAACGUGCGCCAGUGCUUGGUGCACCGCCACGCAUAUGUGCGCAAGAAUGCCGUUUUCGCUCUCUACUCCAUCUUCAAGGUCUCCGACCACUUGAUUCCUGACGCCCCAGAAUUGAUUUACACGUUUUUGGCCGAGGAGUUCGACUCCGUGUGCAAGAGGAACGCCUUCGUGUGUUUGGGUGAAGUCAACAGAGAUGCCACUUUACAGUACAUGCAAGAGAGUAUCCCCUCUUUGGAGACCUUUGAUCCUCUUUUGCAAUUGGCGUUUGUCGAAUUUAUUAGAAAGGAUGCAGCUUCUUCUUCCCAAUUGAAGAGCCAGUAUGUGCAAUUGAUCACAGAAAUCAUUGAAAGCUCCUCCAACCUGGUGGUUUACGAAGCAGCUGUCACCUUGAGUGUGAUUUCGUCAUCUUCGCAAUCGAUUAUUUUGGCAGGCACAAAGUUCGUGGAAUUGGCCACCAAAGAAGCCGACAACAACGUGAAAAUCAUCACCUUGGAACGCAUUAACGAGUUAAACAAAACCCACCCAGGCCUUUUGCAAAACUUGUCCCUAGACGUUUUGAAUGUGUUGUCGACCCAAGAUAUCGACGUGCGGAAAAAGGCCCUCCACGUGGCAUUGCAGUUGGUUUCCAGCAGAAAUGUCGAAGACAUUGUCAAGUUGUUGAAGAAGGAGUUGCUGAGAUCCUCAACGUCUAGUGAAGACAAGGGCUCUGAAUAUAGACAGUUAUUGAUUAACGCGAUCCAUCAGCUCGCAAUCAAUUUCGGUGAGGUGGCUACAAAUGUGAUUGAUUUGUUGUUAGAAUCCAUUGGCGACCUUUCGAGCAGUGCAGCAUAUGAUGUUGUUACUUUUGUUAAGGAAGCAGUGGAAAAAUUCCCAGACUUGAGACAGUCUGUGAUCCAUAAGUUAGUCAAGAGUUUGCCAGAAGUCAAGUCAGGCAAGGUUUUCCGUGGCGCAUUUUGGAUUUUGGGUGAAUACUCCGAAGACGAGUCCUUGAUCAAGGAGGCAUGGAAAUUCAUCAGAACCACCAUUGGCGAAGUUCCAAUCUUAGCCAGUGAGAAGAGACACUUGGAAGGUGGUGAUGGCAGCGAUGAUGAGAAUGACGACGAGAAAGACUCUGCUUCAAAGCCAAAAAAGAAACCUGUUGUUUUACCAGACGGCACAUAUGCUACCGAAAAUGCAUUGACGUCCACUUACGAGAAUUCGGAAGACGAGGACAUUGUGCGCGUCAGAAAGCUCAUUUUGGGCGGCGACUUUUACUUGGGGUCUGUUUUGGCUUCUACUUUGGUCAAGCUUGUUUUGAGAUUGCAGAAGCUCCAGACAGCAGAGAAAUUUUUGAAUGCGUUGAAGGCGGAAGCUUUGUUGAUGAUGGUGUCAAUGUUGCGUGUCGGCGAGUCUUCGUAUGUGGCUAAGAAAAUCGAUGAGGACUCGGCAGACCGCAUUUUGGCAUGUAUUGCCUUUUUAACCGACGAUGAGGACAGCCACUUGAUCUCGCAAGGUUUCUUGGAAGACACCAAGGAUGCAUACAAGGAACAGGUCAAGAGCGAACAAGCAAAGAAGGCAAAGGCCGAAGCCAAGGAUUUCCACGAAAACGCCGAGCAGAUCGACGAUGCAAUUGUUUUCAGACAAUUUGCAAAGAGCGACGCUGGUUCCAAAACGUCGACGGACGAUAUUACUUUGGCAGCAGGAGCCACGACAAAGACAGAAGAGUUGUCGUCGAGAUUGAACAAGAUCUUGCAAUUGACCGGUUUCUCUGACCCAAUCUAUGCAGAGGCAUACGUCAAGGUACACCAGUUCGACAUUACCUUGGAUGUUUUGUUGGUCAACCAAACUACAUCUACUAUGCGCAACUUGUCUGUGGAGUUUGCCACUUUGGGUGACUUGAAAGUGGUGGACAAGCCUGCUACCACCAACAUUGGUCCACACGGCUUCCACAAGAUUUCGGUAACCGUGAAGGUGACUUCUGCCGAUACCGGAGUCAUUUUUGGAAACAUUGUCUACGACGGCCAACAUUCGGACGACUCGACAAUCGUGAUCUUGAAUGAUGUGCAUGUGGACAUUAUGGACUACAUCAAGCCUGCCACGUGUACGGAGAGCGCCUUCCGCAAGAUGUGGAACGAGUUUGAAUGGGAAAACAAGAUUACCAUCAAGUCGCAGAUGGGCUCCUUGAAGGAGUACUUGGAAGAGUUGAUGGCUGGAACCAACAUGAACUGUUUGACACCCGGUGCAAUUGUCGGCGAAGAGUGUCACUUUUUGGCGGCGAACUUGUAUUCGCGGUCUUCGUUUGGAGAAGACGCCUUGGCCAACUUGUGUAUCGAGAAGCAGGCAGACGGGCCCAUCAUCGGACAUGUCCGCAUCAGAUCCAAGGGCCAGGGCUUGGCCUUGUCGUUGGGCGACCGUGUUGCUACGAUUUCGAGAAAGCACAAUGGCACCACAGUUGCCAAGGUCUGA